UGCGUCAGCAGCAGCUCCCUGGGCACCAGCCACGAAGUCCAUGUCCUCAGCGUUCAGUGGUCCAAGGCUCCUGCCCUCCCGCUGAAGGUGUCGGUCGUGCCACAAGCUGUUGGCUGCACCCGGCCAGCAGUGCUCGUCCUCCUGUGUGCCCACUGCUCGGCCACCAUCACCUCCCCGUGCCCAGACCUGCUGGUCCGCACCGUAAGUGCUGCAGCACAACCACCCCAGGAGAUUGGUCCUCCAUCCCUGGAGAUGAAGCUCGUCACGGAGCAGCUGCUGGCCUGGGCCCAGAGCACCUACGGGGGCAUCACGUCCUACAGCGAACUGCGGGACCCCCGCCGGGUGCAGCUGCGCCUGGGAGAAGACACUGGCAGCCCCCCAGACUGUGUCCCCCAGGAGCACUUUGAUGCUGCCCCGCACCUCGAGACCGAGGUCUUCUUCCAUGGGAUGAAGGGCUGCUCACGUGGGGAUGCCCAGAGCACCAGGGCUGCCCACAUCAUCCAGCUGCAGCAUGAGCCCAGGUCCCCUCUCACAGAGGUGAACCUGUCCCUGAGCUGUCCUGAGAGAGUGGAGAGCAACCAGAUCCUCAUCCUGCAGAGUCGGACCAACCUCACCUGGUCCCUCUCCGUCAACAACUGCCACAUCCAGUUCCUGGUCUCUGGGAACUACAAGAUCACUCCCAUCUCCUCUCGGCUGCUCCCUGGGGAGCUCCUGCCCGACACGGAGCAGGGCCUGGUGGCCAAAGCCUUCGAGAAGAACUACAGUGUCAUUGCCUCCUACUCCACCAUCCCCACCAGUGCCCACAUCAGCCUGGAGAUCCAGGAGCAUGAGGUGGUCAGGAAGGCGCCCACGACGUCGACUCUCCCAGCCCCCAGCACUGACUCUCUGCCCAAUGUGCUGCUGCUCAUGCUCCAGCCCUGGAAGUGCACGGAUGAAACCAUGGAGAUUGUCAUUGCCAGGUCCCACCUGGAGCCCAUCAAGGAUGUGGUGAACAUGACCCUGAGGGACAUCAGCUGCCAGGCAGAGAAAAAUGCCACUCACUUCAUGCUGAAAACCCCCCUCAGCCACUGCGGCACCUCGCUGGAGGGCAGGGGCCACGCCAACAAUGAGCUCAUCCUCAACCUGGCCAACGGCACAGUGCUCCGCAGCGUGCGGGUGGCCUUCCAGUGCAAGAUCCCACGGGAGCUCUUCCUGCGCCUCUUCCCCUCCGCUGCCUUUGAGGUGCCACAGACGGAGCUGGAGGUCAACAAGGAGGCCUUUGUCCAGGCGUCCAUGCGCUGGGAGGACCAUCCAGCCGACCUGCAGCUGAAGGAGUGCUGGCUGGCGGUGCCGGGCAGGGAGCCAGAGCUGCUGGUGCAGGGUGGGGAGGCACAGGGGGCAGGGGUGGCUGUCAUGGAGGGUCCCCCUGGCACCCGCGGCAGGAAGGUCUGGCGCUUCCGCUUCACCUACACUGUCCCCGAGGGCGGACGCGUCCCCUUCUCCGCCACCCUCAAGUGCAGGGCUGGCUUGCAGAACAACACCAUCUUUGAGAAGGUCCUGGAGGUGACAGUGAAGGACGGCUGGCGGCCACCUAACGGCCGGGGGCUGGGUCUGGCUGGUGGUCCGGGGAACACCUUCCGCCGGGCGCUGCUCACUGCCGGGCUCUGGUACAUCUACUCCCACACCCCCGGUUUCCAGCACGGCGCCGGCCUCCGAGAGCAGCAGCACCCACCACAGCAUCGGCAGCAGCACCCAGAGCACCCCCUGCUCCACCAGCAGCAUGGCCUGACCCCCCCCGGGUCCCCCCCCGAGCCCACCCAGCUCCUGGCUGCCGGACUUGGGGACCUAUCCUGGCCCCAUUAA